UACGUAUGUCAAAGGUUCUCCACAACCGUGAGGAUGUUUUUGUAAAUGAUCGCAUCUAAAAAUCUGAAUGGACAUUUAUGCCUCGGUGCUUCACAAGGACAUCUGAAUCCUCAAUGUGACCUCAAGGUUUCUACAGGCUUCCAGGAGGUUCGGAGAACAUCUGCUACAUUUAAACUAUAAUAAUGCAACAUCCUUUGGAGAUUGGGGCGCACUACUACCCCCCGGAUGCCCAUCCAGACCAAAGGUCUCACAGGUACAGGAGUUUCAUGAUUGAAGAGAUUCUUACAGACCAUCCGGAUCACAAGGUAUCAAGUCCCACUGGAGACCUUCUAAAAUUUGGAGUACAUGCCCUUUUGUCCGCCAGACCAUACCACAACCACUUAGUCCUGAAAGCAGACCAGACCAGUAUCCUGAAGUUUCCAGUGUCUCCUCUGUCCUGCUCGCUCGGGGCGCCGUUGGGCUCUGCGCUUCUGUCCGGCGCCGCGGGUCUGCAGGUGGGCUCUUCAUCCCAUCAUCUCCCGCUGGACCUCCAUCUUCGGGGGAAACUCGACCCUGGAGCUGAUGCAUUGAGCAGGACUAAGAAAGGAAGAAGGAGUAGAACUGUGUUUACCGAACUACAGCUGAUGGGCUUGGAAAAACGAUUUGAGAAACAGAAGUAUCUCUCAACUCCUGACAGAAUAGACCUAGCAGAGUCUCUAGGCCUGAGUCAGCUUCAAGUCAAAACAUGGUAUCAAAACAGAAGAAUGAAAUGGAAAAAAAUCGUGUUGCAAGGAGGAGGACUAGAGUCUCCGACCAAACCCAAGGGCCGUCCAAAAAAGAACUCCAUCCCCACCAGCGAGCAGCUGUCGGAGCAGGAGAGGACACAAGAAGCGGACCGCUUAUCCGACGGCGGUGCUUCUUCACUUUCUGACGCAAACCAAGAGGAAUAAACGAGGACAUCCGUGCGAAUAUGCUUGUCUCCAGGACGCGAACGUGCCUAUAAUCGGCCUCUUUGGAUCAGUGUGCACCGAUUGUGUUGGCACUUACAGACCUAACCACUUGGCCUGAUUUUAUACUACCUAUGUUUUGUCUGUUUGUUUGAUUACGCCAACUUUCGCGAGCCUUGAAAAAUCAUAGUGAACUUUAUCCAGGGACCAGAGCGGUGGUUAGUAGUGAAUGGUCUUUUUCUCAGCAUUGAAGGCUGUGGUAUCAUGAACUUUUUAUCGGCAUAUAUUGUGUUUU